AUGGAUAAUAUGACCAACCCCAGAUACAUGCUUGUUGUUCUCUUCCUGUUGUUGUUUCUAAAGUCCAAAAUUUGCCUCGGGGCUGAUUCCAUCUCUGCAAAUGAAUCCCUCUCCGGUGGCCAAACUAUUGAAUCCGCAAAUGGUGUCUUUGUACUGGGAUUCUUCAAACCAGGUAAGCCUUCAAACUACUAUAUAGGAGUAUGGUAUAAACAAGUUACUCCCCAGACAAUAGUCUGGGUGGCAAAUAGAGAGAAACCAGUCAAAGAUAUAUUUUCUUCGGAGCUGAAAAUCUCAGAUGGCAAUUUAGCUCUUUUCAAUGAGUCCAAAAUCCCGAUUUGGUCCACAAACAGGAGCUUUACUAGUUCUCCCGUAGUAAAAGCAGUUCUUUUGGAUGAUGGAAACCUUGUGUUGAAAUUAGAUGGAUCCAAUUCGUCCAAACUGUUAUGGCAAAGUUUUGAUUAUCCAGCAGAUACGUGGAUGGCUGGUAGUAAGUUCGGAUACAACAAGAGGACCAAACAGAAGAAUCGUCUAAUUUCGUGGAAGAAUUCAGAAGAUCCUGCCCCAGGCCUCUUCUCGCUUGAGCUAGACCAAAAUGACAACUCAUAUGCCUUACUUUGGAAUAGGUCUAGGAGAUAUUGGACCAGCGGAUCUUGGAAUGGUCGUAUUUUUGACUUGGUCCCUGAGAUGGUCGGCCCUAAGAUUUACAAUUUCAAAUUUGUCACAAAUGAAAAUGAAAGCUACUUCAUCCAUUUUGUCGACAACUAUUCCACAACUAAAUCCAAGGUUGUGGUGGAUGUUUCGGGGCAAUUGAAUAGCCGAUUUUUGCUACCUACCGGGUGGACUGUGGCUUGGGCUUUCCCAAGACAACAAUGUCAAGUUUAUGCUCUUUGCGGGCCAUAUGGCAGCUGCAACGAGAACUACUCGCCGUUCUGUAAUUGCUUGAGGGGCUUUGAACCCAAAUCGCCGAGUGAUUGGGCUUUGAAGGACUAUUCUGGUGGGUGCAUCAGGAAAACCAAACUUCACUGUGGGAAUGAAAAUCCUGCGAAGGGAAAGAGAGAUAAAUUUCUAGAAAUGUCAAGCGUGUCGUUGCCUGAAAACAAGGAGUAUGUGCUAGUUGAUGGUAAGGUAGAUUGUGAAUCAACAUGCUUAAAUAACUGCUCUUGCACUGCUUAUGCUUAUCAAAGAAAUGAUUGUUCCAUUUGGACGGGGGAUCUGUUAAAUCUACAGCAACUAGGAGCAGGUGAUAGCAGUGGCACAACUCUCUACAUUCGGCUAUCAGCCUCAGAGUUCCCAAGACCGACUAAAACAAAAAGAAUGACUAUUGGUCUUCUUAUGGGCUCAGCUACUGGGCUAGCACUUCUCAUUGGCCUUGUCGUCUUUAUAAUAUUGAGACAAAGAAGGAAAAUAGCUAGAGCAAGAAAAGCAACAGGGGAUUCUUUAGUUGCUUUUGAUUACGGAGACUUGCAAAAUGCGACAAAAAACUUCUCGGAGAAACUUGGUGGCGGUAGCUUUGGUUCAGUUUUUAAAGGUACACUCCCCGACUCUACAAUGGUAGCAGUGAAAAAGCUCGAAAGUGUUGGCCAAGGAGAGAAGCAAUUUCGAGCAGAAGUUAGCACAAUUGGCACAAUCCAACAUGUUAAUCUCGUUCGACUUCGAGGGUUCUGCUGUCAAGUUACUAAAAAGUUGUUGGUCUAUGAGUGCAUGUCCAGUGGCUCUUUAGCUUCUCACCUUUUCCAACAAAACAAUUCAGAAGUCUUGGAUUGGAAAAGAAGGUACAAAAUUGCAUUAGGAACAGCAAGAGGGUUAGUUUAUUUGCAUGAGAAGUGCAGAGACUGCAUCAUACAUUGCGAUAUCAAACCCGAUAAUGUUCUUUUAGAUGCAGAGUUUUGUCCCAAAGUGGGAGAUUUCGGUUUAGCCAAACUCAUUGGGAGGAAAUUCAGCCGGGUGCUGACAACCGUGAGAGGGACAAGAGGUUAUCUCGCACCAGAGUGGAUCACUGGAGUGGCGAUAACGCCCAAAGCAGAUGUGUACAGUUUUGGAAUGAUGCUUUUCGAGCUUGUAUCGGGGAGGAGAAACUCUCAGCAAAUGGAAUCAGCCGGAAAAUUGAAAUACUUCCCAAGUAUGGCUAUAAGUGCCAUAGUCGAAGGCGGUGAUGUGCUUAACCUAUUAGAUAAAAGGCUGGAAGGUAAUGCAGAUUUAGAAGAGGUNNNNAGAGUGUGUAAAGUUGCUUGUUGGUGCAUCCAAUAUGAUGAAGCUCACAGGCCACCAAUGGGUCAAGUAGUUCAAAUCCUUGAGGGCGUCAUUGAGGUGGAGUUGCCUCCACUUCCGCGGCAUCUCCACUUCUUUGAUGACAAUGAGGAGAACGUAAAUUUCUUUACAGAGUAAUUGGCAAGAUAAAGAGCACCUCCUCUUCAAUGUUUUCAGCCGAAUAAAAAUGCCGACAUUUCUUUCCCUGUUGGUUUUGUUGUAAGCACUGCCUUUUGUUCCAUCAGGUGCCGUUUUAGCCACUUGUGCACCAGUGAAAUGUGCAGCAGUUUCACUAGUGAUAAUUU